AUGGUGGUUGAUCACCAUAGUGCUGAAGAGUUUCCAACAAUGCAGGGUUCUCUGCAGAAGAAGAGAAAGAGCAGAGAUGUCAUUUGCCAGAGUUCUGAGCAGUCCAAUGAAGACACAGAGGAAAGAAAGGGCUGCAGACAGAAGAAAUCCACAGAAGAAACGAGCACACCUGACAGAAAGAGACAACGGACACAGGUGAGAAGGGAGAAAAUAAACCAGCGGAUGAAGCUUCUGCAAGGUAUUGUCCCUGGCUGUGACAAGAUUGCAGGAAAGAUCCUUCAGCUGGAUGAGAUAAUAAACUAUGUGCUGUCCUUGCAGCGCCAAGUUGAGGUGCUCUCCAUGAAGCUGGCUUCCAUGGAUCUCAAGUUCCGCGACUUGUUUACGGAAUCCAUUGGCUACGUAAACCAACAGCAGGUGAUGAGCAGAAAGAAUUAUAAUUUCCUGUUAGAUUGUUGUCCAAAUGGAGAGCACAAAUGA